GCCGCCCCUCAGUCGCCUGGCCGGCGGGGCUCUGCAGGCGGCGCUGUGCCCUCCCGGGCGGGAUUGACAGGCCGGGCCGAGGGAGGAGGAGGAGGUGGAGAAGAAGGAGGAGGAGGAGGAGGAGGAGGCAGCGGCAGCGAGAACCCGUAUCGCCCCGCCGCCGCCGCGCAAUCCGCCGCCAUCCGCCUCGCCCCGCGCCCAUCGCCCCUCGGCACCCGGCUCCUCAGGCGCUCCCGGCUCCCCGCCACCCCCACAGGCAGAUCGGGAGCGGCGCAGAGAAAUUUCCUUACUAGAUGACAUUUCAUCGCAAUGUCCGAUCGUUUGGGGCAAAUAACCAAGGGAAAGGAUGGGAAAAGCAAGUACUCAACUCUCAGCCUGUUUGAUAAGUAUAAAGGAAAGUCAAUAGAAGCUAUCAGAACUACAGUUAUUCCUAGACAUGGCUUACAGAGUCUUGGGAAAGUUGCUGCUGCCCGGCGCAUGCCACCUCCUGCAAACUUGCCUAGCUUGAAGUCUGAGAACAGAGGAAACGACCCCAACAUCAUUAUAGUACCCAAAGACGGUACAGGAUGGGCAAACAAGCAGGAUCAGCCAGACCAAAAGAGUUCCAGUGCGACGGCUGCACAGCUGCAGGAGUCGCUGCCGCAGCAGGGUUUGCAGAAAUCUGUCUCCAAUUUACAGAAGCAGACACAGUCAAUCACUCAGGAGAGUACAAAUUCAGUGCCAGGUGGACCAAAGUCAUGGGCACAGCUGAAUGGAAAGCCAGCAGGACAAGAAGGUGGUUCAAGGGCCUCAAGCCGACUGUUAUCCUUCUCUCCCGAGGAAUUUCCGACGCUGAAAGCAGCUGGCGAGCAGGACAAGGUUGGCAAAGAAAAGGGCGCCUUAGAUCCGUCGUAUGGGCCAGGACCAAGCCUCCGCCCCCAGAAUGUCACCAGUUGGAGGGAGGGCGGUGGGAGGAACAUCACCUCUGCCACAUCUCUGACCGCCUCCCCUGCUGAGCUGGGCAGCAAGACCUCGACCACCGGAGACGGAGCCCCCUCCUCAGUGAGUGCCAGCGAUCCGAAGGAGCCGUCUCUCCGCCCAGCUCAGCCUCUCCGUAAAGGGGCUUCGCAGUUCAUGGGAAAUGUCUACCAACCACCUACGUACCAUGACAUGCUACCUGCUUUUAUGUGUCCACAACAGCCACCUGAGACCCCUGCAUCGCUGGACCGAGGGUCUUUCCCCCUUCCUCAAGUUCGGCUUGAGCCUCGUGUCCCUUUCAGACAAUACCAGAUGAAUGACCAGGAUGGAAAAGAGAACAGGCUUGGCCUGUCCCGCCCAACACGUCCAAUGCGGCAGGGAGAGCGAGCACCUCGGCCCACCAUUAUCAACGCAGAGAACCUGAAGGGGUUGGAUGAACUAGACAACGAUGCAGAUGAUGGGUGGGCAGGUAUUCAUGAUGAAGUGGAUUACUCUGAGAAACUCAAGUUUAGUGAAGAUGAGGAAGAGGAAGAAGUUGUUAAAGAUGGACGACAGAAGUGGAACAGCUGGGAUCCCAGAAGGCAGCGACAGUUGUCCCUGAGCUCUGCAGAUGGUGCAGAUGUCAAACACACCUCCGAGGAAGGAAAGAACUGGGGCGAGUCAGUUGGCUUGUCCCGGACAGUCAGGAAAGUGCAGGAUUCACAGCCACCUCCAAGGAAGAUGAAUGGUUGGAGCUCUUCAUCUGAAUACCAGAAGCCCUCCAUGGGAAGUGUUCUCAGGCAGCAGUCCCUCGAGGAUAAAGAAGAAAAAGUGCCACUGAGACAGAAGUUUGUGCACUCUGAGAUCUCAGAGGCAGUUGAGCGAGCCAGGAGGCGACGGGAGGAGGAAGAGCGGCGAGCCAGGGAGGAACGUCUGGCAGCCUGUGCUGCAAAGCUGAAACAACUUGAUCAGAAAUGCAAACUGGCUCAGAAGAAUGGGGAGACCCAGAAACACACAGAGAAUGAAGACCUACGACCCCCAAGCACAGAAAAAAGUGCCGUGCAAGAGAAUGGACACACUUUCCGUAGAGCAACCCCUGAGUUUCAUGCACAGGAUGUCUCUGUUGGCUAUCUGGAAGAGGAGACUCCUGCCCCAGCAGCAGCCGCCCAAAGCAGCAGUGAGGAGGAGCUCAGAGAAGCUCCCUCCCCAGCACAGGAAUUCAACAAAUACCAGAAGUCUCUUCCCCCACGAUUCCAAAGACAACAGCAGCAACAGCAGCAGGAGCAGCUGUACAAGAUGCAUCACUGGCAGCAGCCGCAAGUCUAUCCUCCCCCAUCCCAUUCCCACCCCCAGCGGACAUUCUACCCACCACACCCCCAGAUGCUUGGCUUUGAUCCUCGCUGGAUGAUGAUGCCCUCCUACAUGGACCCUCGUAUGGCCCAGAGUCGCACCCCUGUGGAUUUCUACCCUUCAGCCCUUCACCCUUCAGGAAUUAUGAAGCCCAUGAUCCAGCAGGACUCCAUCGGUGGGAGCAGCUGUCGGUCUGAAGAUCAGAACUGUCAGGCAGGGCAGGCAGAAAGGAAAGCUGCUCCCAUGGACCCUGUGCCGGUGUGGGGCCAGGAGAGCUACACAUCUCUGCAGAGCAAAGGGUACUCCCUGUCACAUCAGAAACAGGCUGACAACAUCACCAUGGAGGGGCUGCAUGCCAGGAACGACAGCUCUUACUCUGCCUCUCCUGGAAGGCCAGAGAGUCUGAGCACGCAGCGAGAUCUCUUUGAGGAGAGAGGGGAGGAGUACUUGAAUGCUUUUGACAAGAAGGCCCAAGCAGACUUUGACAGCUGCCUGUCUUCACAGAGGCUAGGCCAAGAUCUCUUGUUUCAGCACCAGGAGAACGUGCAGGAAACCUGCCCUGGCAGCCGGCACGCAAACCUGAGGUGUUCACCGCUCGAGCCUGAUUUUAUCCAAGCAGAGAAGAAGCCUGAGUAUAACGGCUGGGAUAUCAGCCACCAUCAGAAACCCUCAGAAACUACAGCGGAAGUUGCUGAAGAAGCUCCCAGGGAUGAGCAGUCGUUCAGUGCUGACCCGUGGAAGAAAGAAGGAGCUAAUACCAAACAGCCUGCUGAGGAGACGACGGAGUGGACCCCUGAAAUCCGAAACACAAGUGGUCAACAGCAGGAGCAAACUGGGAGGACACGACGAUCAGGCCCGAUUAAAAAGCCAGUCCUGAAAGCCCUCAAGGUGGAGGAGAAGGAGAAGGAGAUGGAGAAGGUUAAACUGGAGGGAGAGGACACCUCACGCUCACUGAAGGAGAAGGCAGCUGUUCAGAAGGUGGAAAAUGAAUCAGACGAUGCUACAACCUUGCUGAGCUCCACGCGUUACCUGCUGGAUGACAAAGGUUCUUCCCAAGCCAGCCUUGCUCGAGAGGCUGAGAAGUCGCAAGAGGAAGAGGAGGAGGAAGAGGAGGAAGAGAAACCAGAAAGAUCCUGGGAGAACAAGCUGUCUAGAGAGUCCAGUGAUCUCCCUCCCACGAAAAGAAACAACUGGAUCUUCAUUGAUGAGGAGCAAGCCUUCGGUGGGAGAGGUCAAGGGCGGGGGCGAGGGAGAGGCUUCAGGGAGUUCAGUUUCAGAGGCCGCGGCACUGUUGUGAGCACUCGGGGGGUCUACAACAACCAGCGGAGCAGCCGAGGGCGAGGGCUUCGGGAGUUCAACCAGCCUGAAGAUUUCCCCAGAGGCAAGCCAAGGCGCCGCAUUGCAAGCGAGACCCAUAGCGAAGGGUCGGAGUACGAGGAGCUCCCGAAACGUCGCCGACAGAGGGGCUCAGAAAACAGCAACGAAGGCUCCGUGCUGGACAGGGAAGACAGCGAUUUGAAGAAGGGAGACUUCAAAGAGUCGUGGAGGUCCAACAAAAUCUAUUCAGAUGAUCACACUAGUCUGGACCCUAAGAUGAGGGCCCCGAGAGCUUUCGGGAGGUCACUGCCACCAAGACUGAGCAACUCCGGCUACGGGCGAAGGGGUUUCAUGGGUAAGGAGCCCACCCAGUGGCAAGGCAGGAGCGGGGGAGCGGGGUGGCAGGAGUACAGCCACACCUCUCCGUCGGAUGCUUUUGGGAGCAGGCAGCAGUCUGACAGGGACUACAUCCAGGAUUCUUACAAGCACGUGGAUUCCUUCUCCAGCCGGGUUUUCGAGGAGAGUCAUCUGGAUGACAAGAGGCACUUUUUCCAGGAGGAUUACUCGGCGGAUCAGGAGAACAUAGAGAACAGGCCCUUCCGCAGGCGGCGUCCCCCGCGCCAGGACAAACCUCCACGAUUCAGGCGCCUGAGGCAGGAGCGGGAAUCGGUCGGGCAGUGGAACCCCGAGGAGGGAGCCCCCAACCUGCUGCCCAGCCAGUGGCCGGGAAGACCCAAGCUGCCCACGGCGGAGAAGAGCAGCAUCUCGGGCAGGCGGUCUCCUGAGCUGUCCUACCAGAACUCCUCAGACCACGCCAACGAGGAGUGGGAGACAGCUUCUGAGAGCAGUGACUUCAGCGAGCGGCGGGAGAGGCGAGACGGAGUUUCGGAGGGUGAAGGGCAGCUUGAGGGCGGCCUCGGGAGCGGUAGCUUGGGAGAGAAGAGAGAGCUGGCGAAGAGGAGCUUCUCCAGCCAGCGGCCGCUCGUGGACAGACAGAGCCGCAAGGCUGAGCCGGCAGGCUACGUGGAGCAGUCGGUCAGGAGUGGUGUAGGAGCAGCCUCUCGAUACGAGAGCCAGCAGAACGGGACGCUGAUCAAAAGCAAAAGAUCUCCAGAAGAAGGAGGAGGCCUUGGGAACACCAGUGGUGGAAGCAGCCACUCCAUUUACAGCCUGGAUAGGGCUUCCCAUGCUAACUCAGAGAGUGCUGAAGGGCCGGGUAAAAAGCCAGAGAAGGAGCCCAAAUCCACUGCACAGAGAGCAAGCGAGAAGGGAGAGGUGUUGUCACAGUUCGAACUGAAUUAUGGAAGUACCAUCAUUGAUAAUCGGGUGUCGAGCACAGCGGAAGAGAAUGAAGUAGGUUCAAUGGCAGGUGAAGGCUUCAUUGAAGUUCUUACCAAAAAGCAGCGCCGUUUGCUGGAAGAGGAACGGAGAAAGAAGGAACAGGCUGCUCAGGCACCAGCUAAGGCCCGCGUCCUUCAGUCUCGCAUUCCUCCUCGAUUUGCUAAGAAGCAGAACAGCUUGUGCUUGGAGCAAAGUGAUGUAACAGUGUCUGGAAACAGCCUGGGCACGGAGAUCUGGGAGAGCAACAGCCCAGCUCUUUCCGUUCAGUCUCCUGGAAGUGAUUCCUGGAGCAAGCCUGUAAAUACCUUUAAUGGUACUGAAUCUAGCUCCGCUGAGCAGGGUUUUAAAGGCAGCCAGGGGGAUAGUGGCAUUGACUUGAGUGCGGAGUCUCGGGAAUCCUCCGCGACCUCCUCUCAGCGCAGUUCUCCAUAUGGCACCCUCAAACCAGAGGAGAUGAAUGGGGCUGGCCUGGUGGAUCCAAAGCCUGACUGCCAGAAGGAGCAAGUGCAGAAGCAAUCUGAUAAAAAGGAUUCAGAUCAAGGCUCAGGACAGAACAAGGAACACAAGCCUGGACCAAUCGGCAACGAACGCUCCCUGAAAAACAGAAAGGGUUCGGAGGGAACGGAACGGCUGGAAGGGAAUAUUCCCCCUGUUAACGGGGUGGAAAUUCACGUGGAUUCUGUACUUCCUGUGCCACCCAUUGAAUUUGGAGUAAAUCCUAAAGACUCUGACUUCAGCUUGCCACCUGGUUCUGCUUCUGGCACUGCAGCUAACCCUGUCACCAAAUUGCAGGAUGCCUUGGCCAGUAAUGCAGGGUUAACGCAGUCCAUUCCCAUUCUGCGAAGAGAUCAUCACCUCCAACGGUGCAUUGGCCUGAACCCAAUGUCCUUCCCCACUGCAGACCUUACUCUUAAGAUGGAGUCUGCCCGUAAAGCUUGGGAGAACUCUCCUAGUUUACCAGAACAGAACUCUCCAGGAGGUGCAGGCUCGGGCAUCCAGCCUCCUUCCAGUGUUGGAGCUUCCAAUGGUGUCAGCUACAGCUCUUUUGGUGGAGUUUCUAUGCCUCCUAUGCCUGUGGCGUCCGUAGCACCUUCUGCAUCUAUUCCAGGUAACCAUAUUCCACCCCUGUAUCUGGAUGGCCAUGUGUUUGCAAGUCAGCCCCGCCUGGUUCCUCAGACAAUACCUCAGCAGCAAAGCUACCAACAGGCUGCUGCUGCUCAACAGAUUCCCAUUUCCCUCCACACAUCCUUACAGGCCCAAGCUCAGCUUGGCCUGAGGGGUGGUCUGCCUGUUUCCCAGUCCCAGGAGAUGUACAGCUCCAUACAGCCCUUCAGGUCUCAGGUGUACAUGCACCCCAGUCUGUCUCAGCCCAGCACGAUGGUCCUGACAGGAGGCACUGCUCUGAAGGCUCCGUAUUCCGCCUUCCCAGGCAUGCAGCCCUUGGAGGUGGUGAAAACCCAGUCUGGGUCCCCCUAUCAGCCCAUGAACGGAAGCCAGGCACUGGUUUACGAAGGCCAGAUAAACCAGGCAGCUGGGAUGGGAGCCUCCCAGAUGAUGGACUCUCAGCUUACACAGUUAACAAUGCCUGUGCCUGGCUCCCAGCUUCCUCUGCCCCGCUAUGGCUCUGGCCAGCAGCCCCUGAUUCUACCGCAGUCCAUCCAGCUUCCUCAGGGGCAAAACCUGCCUGUAGGAGCUCCCCGAAGAAUUCUCCCUCCUGGAUCGCAGCCUUCAGUUCUUGCUACCAGCAGGGAGUCCUCCCAAAUGGAAAUGAAAGGGUUUCAUUUUUCUGACGGUAAACAGAACAUGUCCUCCGGAGGGUCUGUACCAUCACCACAUGCAUACAGAAUUUACUCCAUGAAUAUUGUCGACUCUUCGAUUUCCAGGCCUAGCUCUGCCAGCCCAAAUGGGAAGCCGUCUGGACCAGCAGUUAGUAUGGGCUCGGUGCAAGGACACUAUGUACAACAGGCAAAGCAGCGGGUGGAUGAAAAUAAAGCCAAUCUGGGAGCAGUAAAGCUGCAAGAAACAGCAUCCACAAACCAGAUGAAGCCAGUGCGCACAGGAGCGAUCAAACCUCAGGCAGUAAAAGUGGAGGAAAGCAAGGCCUAGGAGCACCUCUGAUGCCCAGCUGGUCCUGAGAGGCACUGUAGCUAAGACUGGACCCCACUGGAUCUCCUGAAAACUUCACCAGACCUACUCCCCGCCCCACACUGACUGACUACAGCGACAUCAUCCGAGUCCCUCUUCCAACAAAGCAGUUUGAAACAGUGGAUAUGACAUUGACCUGCUUGCUUUAAAACAAACCAACCGUGUGACUUUUAAGUGGCUCGAGCCUUUUCUUUUUUUUUUUUUUUUGCCCCAUGCACAGGUAGCUGUGAUAGCUCACUUGGCAAAGCCCAUCCUUCUCCUUCCCUACUUCUGUCUAAGCAGAGUGGCAACUGGGGGAGAGGGGUUAGUUUGAGGUUUUUCAUUUUAAAGGCAGCUGAGGUUUUUACAGAGAAAAAAAGAAGCUAUAUCCUUGUUUAUAGCAGAACUUUUAUAUGUUCUAUCACUUUUUCCCCCCCUUCUUUCUGCUUUCCCCAUUCCUUCCAGAAAAUAAGUCCGUUUAACUAAAAUUAUGUUCUGACAGAACCCUCCCUAGUUUUUAUACAUGGUUCUGUGCUAUGCUUAGAAUCAAGACUCCUAAACUGAGUUGGCUUAAGUGUUUUUUUCCCAGAUGAUCUAACCUUUCAGAUUAAGUGGAAAAACAAAAGGAAAAAAAAAAAGAAAACAACACAGGACAGUUAUGGCAUUCAUUAAUUUUUCAGUAUUUUUGUUUUAAGCUAGAAGCAGUGCUUGCAUUAGAAAUCUGUACUGAAGGUAUAUAGUAAGUCAGUACAUUCAUCUUGAAACUUGCACCACUUUAACUGUAGCUUUGGGGUGCCUUGUGCACAACAAAAUGUGGCAUUUUCGUUUUAAGGAAAAGCACCAAAAUUUCUGUUGCAAGCUCCUCUGGAUCUGUUUUUUUGUUUCAGAUUUUAUUUUAGUGACUGCCAAACACGCAGUGAAAUGUAAAUCAUGGAUUUACAAAAUGUAAAAUCUUCUAAGCGAAAUCUCCUCAUCGCACAUGGGUCAGAAGAGUUGGCUAGCACCAACGGGUUUGUUUGGACUACUUUUUGUAGUUGUGAUGCUCUCUUAUGCUCCCUACCUUGGCCGCUCUAAUUCUUCGUGUCUCCUGAGACUUGUUCUAUAUUGAGCUCAUCCCUUGGGGCUGCUCUCCUAAGCUUUGUUCUUCUCCCUCUUCCCUUAGGUCGGUCUUUCUGUUCCUGUCAUGGCCUCUUGUAAAAUUUGCAUAGAAACGCAUUAGUAAGGGAGCCCCUCUGCAAGGCAGCCUUUUUAGCACACUUGGAACCUCCUUUUUUCGGUUGGAAGCGCAUGGUUACAGAGCCAGUUUGGAAUCAUCCUUUUGAUCUCCUUCCCCAGGUGAACAGCAAAGGGUUCUUUAGUUUUGAUGUAAUUGCAUAUAGCACAUACACGGUGUCACAACCUUACACUUCCUCACCAGUAUUUGAUGGUAUAUGAAAGGAGGGUCCCGGUGGGAGUGGGUUGGGUUUUUAUUUCUUCGGUUAUUUGGUUUUCGGUUUGUGUGCUGCGUGUGUGUGCGCGUGUGUAUGUAGAUUUUAGGAUGGACUUGCAAGUUCCUGAAGGUGCUUGGAGUCCUUCAGCUGAUUGUAGUCUUAAGUAUCAGCUACUUUCAGCUAACCUGGUUUGUGUUGUUUAGCUCUUUCAAAAUGUGAAGUAGGCUGGUCACUCUGAAAUGAUGGAAAGAAAACUUCAUUUCCACAGUAGGUGAUAGCUUGCUAACUGGUUGUGCCGUCAGCAUCUGCUAGAUGGCAGCAAGUCAUUUGUUGGUGGUUCCAAAGAAGAUAUUUUGAACAAAGAAUGUAUUUGGGAAGGGAUCUGAAAGGUGUUCUUGUUUCUUUUCUUGUUGCUUUUUUCCCCCUUUCUUGGAAAGAUCCUUCAUAACUUUCUAGGGAUGCAUUUGAAGUUUUAAGCUAGGUAUAAAUAAGAAUUUUAUACAGUAGCUUUAAAAAGAGCUUAGAAACCUAAACUAACUUAGAAAUAGUAUGUUCCCUCUCCACAGGUGUCCCCGUUGACUGUGGCAGAGAACCUGAAGGGAAAGGGAUAGGAUGGUACUUUUAAGGAAAAGUAAGAGCUCUUUUUUUGUUCCUCAUGUUUUAUGGAUUUUUAACUUCAGAGCAGUGUGUGCCAGAGUACCUCCCUAGAGUACAGGGUUUGAGAUUAAGCGACAAAUAUUUCCUUAGCUUUCAAACAUCUCCCAGACCUGCUUCCUCAUCUGCUAGUCCUGCUCCCGACAUUUUCCAAAGAUUGCUCCACUAGUAAGUCAUCCCACCCCCCUUUUUUAUUUUCUUCCUUGGAAUAUCAUGAACAACAGAAUUGUCUUUAAUUCUUUUUUUUAUUAUCCUCCUGCCCAGCUGGCCCUAGCUAAUAUCAGCUCAGAAUCUAACUGUAAUGGCUAAAGAGACUUAUCCAGGCUCCCUUCUUCUCAUCUCUUUCCUACCCUAAACACACUACUUAAGCUUUACAAAGACACUAACCUCUUUCCUCCCACCUAUAUGACUUUAAAAUGGUCAAAUGUGUUGGAGAAACUGGGUUAUUGAUAGAUGCAAGAUAUUGCAGUCCCUCUGGUGUAAAUGCCAUCAGAACUACGAUACUUCCUGUUGAAAAAGGUCACCCUUCUUUCUAACUCCCCCCAUCCUUCCCCCAACAGAAUAAAACACUAGAAUUUAUUUAUACGUAUUUGAUGUUGUAGGUCUAGGUGAAAAAGUAAUUGUUUCACUGCUCUAUUUAUAUAUUAUGUCUGAAUUAUUCUGUGCAGGAAAGGCCAAGAAAUGCAUGUGAGCUUCAUUCCAUUCCUCUCCUUUGCGUGACUGUCAGCUGCAGUUGGCAAGACGCUCUUUCACUUAAUGGAGUUUUGUGUGUUGGAAAGCAGUUUUAGAGCCCAAAUUUCUAAGGUGCAAUAUCCUUCUCUGGCAUGUGUUUUUGUUUAAAGCUAGCUUGAGGUUACUGCAUUUUGCAGUGCUCUCAUGUCGCAAGGAAGGUCUCUGAUCCUCAAUGUGCAGAAAUGCAGGGGUGCUGGUGCACUGAUUAAAAGGUCAGCUUGGGGAAGAGGAGAAUGGAGAUGUACUGAAUGUUGAGAUGGUUUAUAGGGGGAUACUUCUGCUUGCCAUCUAUAUUGCUGAAGGGUAGGGUCCUGAUGAUUUAUUCCUUUGCGAGUUGCUUUUGCUUUUACUGGAAAUCUGGUACUAAAUUGCAGGCUCCUGCUGGAAGGGUGCAGUGUGCAGUGGGAGGGAGAGGUAGGAUCCAUAUUUUCAGCAAAAAUGGGUGAGGCAGAAAUAUUCAGAGACUGACUUUACUGCUUUUUGUGCAGAUGAAGGCCUGAAGCACAUGCGUAACCAGCUCUGUAUGCAGUGAUUCACGGCCUAGCAGCUGCGUUCAGUGCUGCUUUCCUCUCAGCUCAGCCUGCUUUUGGCUCUUGAGAGAGGAAAAAAAAAACAGGUUAGGGGAAAAAAGCAAAUCAGAGGUGUAAGCAGCACAGUCACCAGUGAAACAGGUAUUGUUGAUCUCUCAUAAUUCACUCCUGGCUCUGCCAGGUGACAGCUCUACAGUCAGUAGUCAGUCCCUCUGAAUGUGUUUGCAGCCCAUUGAACUCCACAUGUGUUCGUGCUCAUGCAGAGAGGCACUCCAUUUAACAGUUUCCUUGCAAGAAUGCUGCAAAGCUACAAGCUGCCCUGUGGUUCCUGUGUAUUUAUAGAUAUAUAUGAAAAAACGAGCUUAGCAUUUUUGCUAUGUCUCACCUUCUGGCAGGCUACUAUAUUCACUUUGAAGCGAGCACCACUGCAUGCGAAGGUCUUGUUCUGUUGCGUUUUGUUAACCUUCUGUUUUGCUUCUGGCUAGUUAAGCACAGGUUAAUUCCUUGUAGCGUGGGUUAUUUUCGAUGUACAGCAGCCUGGUUUCCUUACAAGAGAGAUGCACUUGUAAGAAUUACCUUACAACAGGCAUCGGGAUACUUGGUUGUGGCCCGGCAGUAGGAAACGAGAAUUUUGCUGAAGCAGACUGCUGCCUGUGAUGCGACAGCAGCGAUCCACCUGCGUUUAUUUGUUUUAUUGUUGUUUUGAUCCAAAGACCACCACAUUUUCCUAGCGGCUGCAGGCACCCACUUGUGUUUGCUGUGUCCCCGCCAGCUCAGGAGGGCUGCGGCCGCCCCCGUGACCCUGGAAUCACAGCAGCAGCAGCGAGGCGCUCCCCCCUUAGCAUGUCUCAAGGCGUCGUCCUUAGCUGGAAUCCUUCCUCUGGUUCUGUAUAAAUUGCAUUUGUUGUUUCUCAAGGGGAUAUUGUACUCCUUACAGCUUUUAACCUCAUGACCUGUAUAGUAAAUCUUUUUUGGCCUUUCCUCUCUUUGUCUUUUCAUGUAGACCAGAUAUUUGAAAGGGCAGACGAUGGAUAAUUGUGUAACGUGCAACCUGUUUAUAUUUUUUGGAAACUUUUACUUGGACCGGAACUCGAAUCACGGCAUCACCAGGCCAGUUGCGGCACACUCUUUAUUGCCCUUUUUCCUCGUUUCAGUACCUAUUGUUUCUCCUUUCAAAUAUGUGAUUGUAUUAGCUCUUUCCAUAUGAAAGAAUUCUCCUUAUUUAAAUAAAAAAAUUAAAAAAAAAAUAAAGCAGGUUAUGCUUUUCUCAAA